AUGAUCCAGCAACUUGGAGUACGCCAUCACAACGUGGAAGCUGACAUCGAGGGCAAUCCACAAGUGCAAGAGCCUCCUCGCACCAAACACUUGCUGUUGACAUACCUCAACCGCAACGUGACUGGACAGUUGACAUCGAACGCUCAAGGUGUAGUUGCAGAUUUUGGGUUCGAUCUGGAAUUUGCGUGCAUAAAGCCCGCAAACUUGUCAAUCAAAGCGUUUGGGGAGGUCGCCCAGUUGUUGGAAUGCAGCAGCCAUUUGAUCAAGUCACCGGGGAUACUGAGCAGGUUGAAGAAGAAGAACGACCUCAAGAACGUCGUCGAAUUCAAAGCAACAUUUUCGAGGCUCCAGAAACUAUAG